UUUUUCUUUGUGCAACACUCAAGCCUGUCGGAUGAAAUAUCUCUUGAUUAGUAGAGUCUGCUUUUCCAACAAGCGGAAGUUACGGGUUGGCAACAUGGUGGUUACCAGGAGGGGAACGUGCGUAGAGACGCCGGACGGGACUAAAGUAGCCGAAAAGCAGGCUGCCUCCAGAAGUAAUACUCCAGCUCGGCAAAGAGCGACCAGUAGCAGACAGACCAAAGGAGAGGUAUUGUCAGAAGCCAUCAACGAGUCUGAGCAUGAGGGAGCAGAAGAGAAGGACCCUCAAUCAUCCGUCUCCUCAGAGGUGCAGAGCUCUGCUGUCAAACGGAUGACCAGGAACAGACAGGCCAGAAGUGAUUCUCAACCGGAGUCGAUGAAUGAUGCUGAUGUUUCUGAGGCUGAGUCGUGCUGCUCCACAGUAUUGGGAGUUCAGUCUCUUCAUGAUCAACAAUUAAUACGCAGCCGUAGAAGUAUGGCCCCAUCCCAUUCAAAAGUAGUGGGCAAGUCACAAGGUGAGGAAGCAGACAUCUCUGAAGCAGAGUCAUGCUCCUCUUCUGUUUCUGCAGUCCAAGCCACUGAUAACCGAAGAGCAACCAGGAGUUUGAGGAGCAGAGCAGUAUCAAAAACAAAGCCUGGUGCCAAGUCUCAAAAUGAGGAUACUGAGUUUUCAGAAGCAGACUCCUGCUCCACUGUCGCGUCAGAUGUCCAGGCCUCACAAAACCAAAGAACAACCAGAAGUAGGAGAAGCGAAGCCCUAUCUCUAAAUGCUGAAAAGUCCCAAAAUGAGGACACUGAAGUUUCUGAGGCAGAGUCUUGGUGCUCUGGUCUUCAAGCAACUGUUGUACGCCGAACAACAAGGAGCAGGCAAGCGAAAGGCCAGCCUGCCUCAGAGUCCCUCCAGAAAGGAGUAACAGAGGUUGAGAAAUGCUCCCUGCUGUCACCUUCAAAAGACCCUGAAGUUGCGGUUUGCAAAGAACAGUCCACCAGUAGUCCAAAGUCAACAAGACGUACAAGCAGGAGGAAUAUAUCGCAGUCGCCGCAAGAGGAAGUUAUGUCGUGCUCCGAAUCGGAGUCUGUUGUUUCUAGUGUUGCUGGCAGCCCAACAAAAGGGAACCGCAAGGUAGAAUCAAGUUCGGAAGUGGUAUCCGAAACUCCAAGCAGCAGUUGCACAGGAUCACGUCGCAAUCGCCGGGUUGUGUCACAGCCGGAAACCAUUGUAGAGGCUCUGAGUGACCUCGAAGAAAUGGAGCUGGAGCUUCCUACUGCUGUUUCUCCCAGGAAAAAAGAAACAAAACCCAGUGAAGAGGACAUCCAAAAAACUGUUGAUUCAGAAGGUCCUGGUCUUCACAGUUCCGAAACAGUGAGCAAAAACGAGGAGCGGAUUAUUUCUGAACCUGAAACCACAGCAUCUCUUGAGAAAGUAGAGGGCAAUGAUGAAACAAUGGUGAUUGAACUAGAUUGUGAGAGCAUAAAUACUGAACUGGCAGAUGGCAAGAGCAAGCAGGGCAAAGGGAGUGUUUUGGGAUACAAGGAUGCUGACCCUGACAGUGAAGAUGAAAACCGGAAUCAACAGUGUAGAAAUCUGGUGAGCUUGGAAACAAUCAAAGCUUCACCUAAAAAAAACCAAGUCAUUAGUUUGCUGCUCAGCAGUAACGAGGGCAGUGAUGGUUCAGACAGGGAUGACAGUGAGGAGGAGAUGGAUGCUAGUGAUGUGAACAGCAUCCAAGAUAGAGAACCAGGGCCAUCCAAACCCAGGCCUUCUGAAAUCCUUUCAGCUCAAGAGGAUGGGCUGUUUGUAAUAGACACGCAACCUGGAUUUGAGCCAAGCAGAAAGUAUUAUCUAGAAAGUAGAACAAAAGAGGAGGAGGAGGAGGAGGAGGAAGCUGAAAGUGAUAAGGAAGGGGACCAGGGUAAAGAAUCCGAAGAGGAAUUUGUUGAUGAAGAGGAAGACGACGACAAGGAGGCUGAAGUUCUGUAUAAAAGACGAAAACCAGCAUUGAUGGAGCUUUCUAGCAGCAUAGACCCAGGUUUAAAUCUGAAAGGAAUUGGGGGCCUGUAUAUCAGCUUUGAUGCAAAGAAGCAGACAAGUGCCCCAAGUGCGCUUAAAAAGCUAAAGGAACGAAAGAAUAAAGAUGUGCUGUUAGAGAAGAGUGUGGUAACGCCAGAUUUUGAGAAGAAGGAAUCGGUCCCACCUUACAAGGAGUCUCUCCAGCAGCUCAGAAAGAAGCGCAGAGAAGAACGUUCCAAGACAACCGGUGAUGGCUGGUAUAACAUGAAGGCUCCUGAAAUGACAACUGAAUUGAAAAAUGAUCUGAAAGCUCUGAAGAUGAGGUCAGCAAUGGAUCCAAAGCGUUUUUAUAAGAAGAACGACAGAGAAGGCUUUCCUAAGUAUUUACAGGUUGGUACUGUUGUGGACAGUCCAGUCGAUUUCUAUCAUGCCCGGAUUCCCAAGAAACAGAGGAAGAGGACAAUAGUGGAGGAACUAAUGGCCGAUUGGGACUUCAGAAGUUACAACAAGAAGAAAUACAAGCAGAUCAUGACAGAAAAGGCAGCCCUGGCAGCUGGCAAGAAGAAUCGCAAGAAGAAUAAAUUCAGCAAGAAGAAGAAAUAACCUGGGUUGGACUGAUGACUUUUGUGACUCAGCCACCAUGUUGUCUUAAAAUUUACAAAGCAAUGAAACUGUAAAUUUGAAUUCACAUGAGAAUCAGUUCUCACUUUAUUAUGUGAAGUAUUUGUAAAAUGGAUUACAGAGGUAAUGUGUGUAAUAGGAAGUCAGUGUGAUUAGCAUUCAAAAAUAUAUUCUCCAUCCCCCCCCCCCCCCCCAAAAAAAAAGAAUACUAGUAGUAAAUAAUAAUAAAAGUACCGCAGCAGAUAUUUCCGACAGUAUCCAACAGUCAAAUUCAGCACCCGCUCAAAGGCCUGUUUUUAGUGUUCAGUCUACGAGGUGCCCAGUCUGAGAGCAUGGAGUGGUCCUCUGACAAGUGUGUCUGGGACUACUGGAGGCACCUCCAAAGAGCUUACAUGCCUAAAAAUUAGAGUUGGUCACUGCUACAUAGCUUAUUUUUUCUAAACUUAUUACUUGUGUAAGAUGAUUCCAUCAUUCUGCAACAGGAGGGGGUUUAAUACUUUCCAAUGACACAAAAUGAUUUUCUUUGCCAAUAUUCUUGCUGAAAGUAUUAAAGAUGAAUGAAGUAUUCCUGUUUAAAAGAGAAGGCAAUCGCUCCCAGCUUUUACUGGUAUUGCAUAGCAAAUGCUAUAAGAAAUGUUACUGGAUUUUUGAGUUGAGGCUCCCAUCUCAUCCAUAAAGAGCCUAGCGAUACAUUUGGCAGGCUAAGGAAAUUACUGUUUUUGAAAUAAUGUAUCAAGCUAUGUAAGGACAGUGCACUACACUUUCAAGUAGGUAAUGGUGUUUGUUAUACUGUACCAUUAUAAAUAAAGUCUCACGCAGUACAUAAAGAAUGCCUUUUUAAAAUUCUAUUAUAUAAUGUAAACCACAUGUUUCAAUAACUAAAUAUACAUCAGCAUAAAAUGUAGUAAUUAAAACAAUGAGAAACAGUUAUUUUUUGGUAUACAAUAAUAAACUGGAUAUGCAUGCUGCAAGUUCUAAUC